GCCUAGGCGCCCGAGCCCCGGGCUCCCUGCCUCGGCCGCUGUGGCCUGCAUAGAGCGGCACUGUGCGCGGAGGCAAUGGGAGAGAAGAAGGAGGGCGGUGGCGGGGGUGAUGCAGCGGCCGCUGAGGGUGGCGCAGGGGGCACGGCCAGCCCGGGGCUGCAGCAGUGCGGGCAGCUCCAGAAGCUCAUGGGCAUCUCCAUUGGCAGCCUGCGCGGGCUGGGCACCAAGUGUGCUGUGUCCAACGACCUCACCGAGCAGGAGAUACGGACCCUGGAGCAUUGUCCCAAUUCCUUCUUCUAAUGAAGAAAUACGCUUAGUUGAUGAUGCGUUUGGAAAAAUUUGUCACAUGGUCAGUGAUGGCUCUUGGGUGGUUCGUGUUCAGGCAGCAAAACUGUUGGGCUCUAUGGAGCAAGUCAGUUCUCAUUUCUUGGAGCAGACCCUUGAUAAGAAGCUGAUGUCAGAUCUGAGGAGGAAACGUACUGCACAUGAGCGUGCCAAGGAACUUUACAGUUCAGGGGAGUUUUCCAGUGGCAGAAAGUGGGGAGAUGAUGCUCUCAAGGAAGAAGUAGAUACCGGGGCUGUGUACUUGAUUGAGUCACGAGCUUGUGGAGCUUUUUUUCAUGGGUUGGAAGAUGAGAUGUAUGAGGUUCGUAUUGCUGCUGUGGAGGCCCUCUGCAUGUUGGCCCAGUCUUCACCCUCUUUUGCUGAGAAGUGCCUUGAUUUCCUAGUUGACAUGUUCAACGAUGAAACUGAGGAAGUACGUCUGCAGUCCAUACAUACCAUGAGAAAAAUCUCUAAAAUCACCCUCCGAGAAGAUCAGCUUGACACUGUCCUGGCUGUGCUAGAGGAUUCAUCCAGAGAUAUUCGAGAGGCUCUUCAUGAACUCUUAUGCUGUACUAAUGUUUCAACCAAAGAAGGGAUUCAUCUUGCAUUGGUGGAGCUGCUGAAAAAUUUAACCAAGUACCCUACUGAUAGGGACUCCAUAUGGAAGUGCUUGAAGUUUCUGGGAAGUCGGCAUCCAACCCUGGUGCUUCCCUUGGUGCCAGAGCUUCUGAGCACCCACCCAUUUUUUGACACAGCUGAACCAGACAUGGAUGAUCCAGCUUAUAUUGCAGUUUUGGUACUUAUUUUCAAUGCUGCUAAAACCUGUCCAACAAUGCGAGCAUUGUUCUCAGAUCACACCUUCAGGCACUAUGCCUACCUCCGAGACAGUCUUUCUCAUCUUGUUCCUGCCUUGAGGUUACCAGGUAGAAAACUGGUGUCAUCAGCUGUUUCUCCCAGCAUCAUACCUCAAGAGGAUCCUUCGCAGCAGUUCCUGCAGCAGAGCCUUGAAAGAGUGUAUAGUCUUCAGCACUUGGACCCUCAGGGAGCCCAGGAGCUGCUGGAAUUCACCAUCAGGACGCAGAAAUCAUCAAUUUGAUAAAUGAUACAGUGAAGAGAAGCAUAGAUGCUGUGGAAAAACAGAUGAAAGGCCCCGACCCAUCACAGUAGUAGUGGUGAGGGAUGCUUCACAAAGGAGAAGAUCCUUUAGCUAGUAUGAAAUGAUAACUGAGCAUGUCAGUUUCGUAGUCCAUGUGCAGAAGAGAAUUCCAACUUCAGCAGACAUUAGAAGAGCUGGGAGACCUGAGGGAGAACAGCCUCCCAGAACUGCAGUGGUGUAGUAUAGAGAUUGAGUGAAUGGAGCUUUGAAGGCAGACUCAUUUUGGUUAACGUCUGAGCUAAUACAGUCAUGCACUGAAUAACAA